AGAUUCACACAAACCCUCGGUUAGUUACUACUAACCAUUUCGUUUCUUUAAUCAAUUUCACUUCGAUUCGAAUUUCAUGCCCCGAAUAGCCAUGCUCUUCACGCCGACGGCCACAUCAUCGGAGCCCUCCGUCGUGCCGGCGCUUGAGCUCACGCCUUCCUACAGCUGGUGGCAACACGUCAACGAUUCUCCGCCGUGGCAGGACCGUAUCUUCUACUCUCUUGCCGUCUUAUACGGCGUCGUAGCCACCGUAGCUCUGGUGCAACUAGUUCGGAUACAAUGGAGAGUUCCAGAAUACGGUUGGACCACUCAGAAGGUCUUUCACUUACUCAAUUUUUUGGUGAAUGGGGUUCGUUGUUUAGUUUUCAUAUUCUAUCGGAAUGUGGAGAGUUUACAGCCAGAGAUUGCUAGACAUAUCUUACUUGACCUGCCAAGUCUUGCUUUCUUUACAACGUAUGCGCUUUUGGUUCUGUUCUGGGCCGAGAUUUAUUACCAGGCGCGUGCUGUGUCUACUGAUGAGCUCAAACCAAGUUUCUAUACAAUUAAUGCUGUGGUUUAUGCUAUUCAGAUUAUUUUGUGGUUGAUAUUAUGGUGGAAACCUGUCAGUGUCAUGGUCAUUCUGUCUAAGAUAUUCUUUGCAGGGGUCUCUUUGUUUGCAGCCCUUGGCUUUCUUCUCUUUGGUGGAAGAUUAUUCUUGAUGCUACAACGCUUCCCUGUUGAAUCCAAAGGGCGACGUAAGAAGUUGCAAGAGGUUGGAUAUGUGACCACCAUAUGUUUUUUAUGUUUUCUUGUCAGAUGCAUUAUGAUGUGCUUUGACGCUUUUGAUAAAAAUGCCGACCUUGAUGUCUUGGAACACCCUAUUUUAAACUUCAUAUAUUACCUGUUGGUGGAAAUAUUGCCUUCCGCUUUGGUCCUUUUCAUUUUGAGGAAGCUGCCACCCAAGCGUGGUAUCACACAAUAUCACCCGAUACGCUGAAAAGGUUGAACAUAUCUAGGAUUACGGAAGUUAUCAGUGACUCUUUAUAUUCUUUGCUCUAGAGAGACAGGAUAGUCUUCAUGUUGUUUGGAUUGAUAGCUUGUAGUUGUAGAUUUUGGUACAUGACAUUUCACGUAUUCUCCAACAUGUCGAAUUUUGUUAUCUCUGAAAUGUGCUUUGUCUCUAGGACGUUAUUUCCAAUUUUAUUAAGCAGUUCAACACAGUGAGCAACCAUAAGUUGGAGAAGGGGAUAGUCAUAUCUUGUAUAAAUAGCAUGUUAGUCUAUUUGCUUCUACAAGUA